GCUACGCAUGUGGUAGUGCCAGUACCCCAUCUAUGGUUCAUGCGAGUUUAUUGCAUAUGGAACAACCCGGCCACGAUCGCUACCCUGCUAGAGCAGCUAAAACUCUCACGUAGGGGACUAAAUUUUGUCAAUAUACAUAUCUAUCAUUGACCCAAACCCCUGUCGGAUUUUUUGUUUUCUCAGUUUCAACCCCAGCCGGUGGCCGCUUUCGACACCUGCACCUAGCAACGCCAGCUCCCAUGGCGCGUUUGAUCUAGAAAGCACGGCCAUUCGAAGAUAAUGGCUAUUAGAGUACCGCCUGGUCAAUUGCCGCCAUUCGAAACGGUUGACGGUGACCACCAUGCUGGAAUCAUUAUCAUCGUCUCCGCUAUCUGUCUGGUGUUGUCGUUGGUGUCUCUGCUAAUCCGCCUCUACGUCCGGUUCUUGCUAAGUCCGCCAUUCGGGAUCGACGAUGUGAUUCUUCUUGGAGCAACUGUUUCCGCAAUUGUGGAGUCGAUUAUUGUUUUCCAGGCGGCAUCCAUCGGAUUCGGAACGGCGAUCCACCUCCUGGACGAUCAUGUCGUUAGGAGUAUUCAAAAUUCAGUCGUUGCGAGUGAUGUGUUCUAUCUCAUCACUUUGUACCUUUCAAGAUGCUGCGUCGUAGCCAUUUACUCGCGAUUGACGCCCCGAAGAAGACACAAAAAUACCUUAUGGGGAAUCCUUGCCUUCACAACGGCAGGAACCAUUAUCUCCAUCCUUGUGGUCACAGUCGACUGCUCGCUUAAUAAACCGUGGGUGACUCCUGGCGAACAUUGCGCCAACCUGUUUGCACGAUGGCAAUUCAUCACAGCCAUUGACAUCUUUACCGAAAUGGCCUUAUUUAUCUUUUCGGCGGUCUUAAUAUACGGGCUUCAAAUGGCUAUCAAGCCGAAGUUAGUGGUCAUGGUGGCCUUCGCCUCCCGGAUACCGCUUGUUGCUUUCGAAGCCGUGCGGCUCUCCGAAUUUCAUUCAUUUACCACCACACAUAAUCCUACCUUCGACGCCAUUAAGCAUUUCACCUGGACGCAAGUCGCCCUCAACUACUCCUUAAUUGCCUGCACAGCCUUCUGUCUCCGACCAUUUAUGAAUGCCGUCUCGACCUCUUAUGGUACCGCCGGUGACUCCAACCUCAGCACUAGCUACCCUUACGCGUCGGAUCGUGGUCGCAGUACCCAAGGCAGCUAUGCACUACAGUCGCUUCAGAAUCGGUCCGUUGUUGCGCCCGAGCCAGAUCUAUUCCGGCCGAGGAUUGGAGCCGGAGAGACGACAGUUACGUCUGCUCAACCUGGCUCAUCGACGGGUGGCCAUUCAGACCGUGAUGAUCGAAACAGUAUCGGGAGUGAAGGGAGUACUAAGAUGAUCAUCAAGAAGGAUGUGGAAUAUACGGUGCACCACUCUCCAAACCCCAAUUGCUGAGUCGCUCUUCCUCUCCUUUUUCCUUUUCCUUUUCCUUAUGUACCAAUUUCUCGAAAAUAAAAGACCCGGAUAGACGCAUGCAUGGAUAGCAUAAUACUAGCCAUGCCGAACGAUCUUAC